AUGAGUGGACCGCGCACCCGCUCCCACCGUGGAUGCUCCCACUGCCGGCGCAGCAAAGUGAAAUGCGAUGAGAAACAGCCGGUCUGUACGCGUUGCUUUCAGAAAGGCCUUUCCUGCAUCCGAGGCACUGUGACUCUGAAGUGGGAGUCGGAUUAUCGUGCUCGGGGGGUCACCUUCGGCCGUACGGGAGUCUGGCGCAAAGAUGCCUCGAAAAAGCCGAGCCCAGAGAAUAUACCAUCUAUACGAUCUAUACCAUCCACGGCGGAUCAGACCAUCCUUACAACCCCUGUCAUCCAUCACUGGAGCUUUAUCCAUGCGGAUAGUCACAGCUUGCCGCAAUUGCUCGAUCACCAGGAUCUUGUGCUCAUGCCGGCCAGGAACGUGCAUGAAUUCAGUGUCCAACCAGCCCUAUCCAUCUCACCUCUUUGGAACCACCUGGACCAAAGCUUCCUGUUGGACUACUACAUCCACCAGAUCUGCCCCCGGAUGACCCCAAGCCCGAGCGCCACUUCACCUUUCGCAGCUGUCAUCCUGCCCUACUGUCAGACCGCCUCCCCAGUGGUGAUCAAGGCCCUGAUGGCCCUAGCAGCAUGCCACUGGAGCCAGCAGGACCCACGCUACGGGGUGCACGCCCUGACGCUCAAAUCGCAGGUCGUCAGUGGCUUUCGCCGCCGGAUUGCGAGCGAGGAUCGAGGAUCCUUCCUUCUUUCCCCCGACCCCGAAGUCCUCGUCCUCAUCAUGCUGCUCUGCCUCUACGAGAUCGUCGAUCACUGCGACCGACGCUGGAUUGUCCACCUGCAAGGCGCGAAAGACAUCAUCCGUCUCCGACGCCAGCAGCAACAGCGACAGGCCGACGCGCUUCUCGCCCUCCCCACAGUUCCAAGCGACCCCGUCUCGAAAUUCGUCGAGCUAUUCUUCGCCUUCCAGGACGUGAUGGGCCGCACCGCCUGCGCGAAGGCCGAUCUGUUCGGACCCAGCUACUGGGCCGAGGGAGAUGUGACCAUCAACGACUGGAUGGGCUGCAGUCCCGCGCUGGUGUCGAUCCUGUUCGCGAUCAUGGACCUCAGCCGCCACCGCCGCCACAUGGUGGCCUCCGCGUCGGAGGAGCUGACCUUUCGCGCGCGCGCCUCGAACCUCCAACGUCGACUCGACGAUCUCGUCCAGAACCCCGCCGUCGGGGGCGAAGACGAGACCCUCCGCCGCGUGGCCGAGCUCAAGAGACUGGCCUGCUCGGUCUAUAUCCAAUGUGCAUUACACGGGGCCCGGCCCUGCGAUCCCGCUGUCAAAGUCGUCGUCCAGGAAAUCCUCGCGGGGCUGAGGGCGCUGGUCGCGCAGGGCUCCGCCAGCCAGGCGAUGAUGUGGCCGCUCUUCGUGGCGGCCGUCGAGCUGGAUCCUCUCGAUGACGUGGUGGUCGAGAGCCCGAGUCGCAACAUGGAGGCCGAGAACGGUGGCCGUCGACGGCUGGUCCUGCGGCUGCUGAUGGAGAUGGCCAAGAGCAGUGUGUCGAGCGUUGCGCGAAUGCGUGCGGUCAUUGAGGGCGUCUGGCAACGGCGGGACUUUCACCUGCACGCUGCGGAGGAUAGGAAGAUGGGUCGGUUCGCCGACUUGAAUGAUUGGGAAGUGUUUGUUGUGCCGGGGAGUGACGCGUUGAGCCUGGUGUGA